AUCGUUGUUACCCGUUAUGUGAGAAAAAAUUAUGUAUAUUCACAACUAUGACUAUUGCAUUUUAGGCGCUUGGCCAUGGAUCGCUGCAUUAGGUUUUCGUAAUCCCCGAAACCCAGACAAACCACUAUGGAAGUGCGGAGGUUCCCUGAUAUCGGCUAGGCAUGUUUUGACCGCAGCACAUUGUGCACAUAUGGAUGGAAUAGAAAACAUACACAAUCAUAAUAUUGCCAUUCUUAGAUUGGUGGAGGAGGUGCCAUUUUCGAGGUACGUAUAUCCCAUUUGUACGAAAGAGCCCCUACGAAAGAGCAACUUCGUCGGCUAUAACCCCCUUGUUGCUGGAUGGGGAGCAUUAAGAUAUAGACGACCACGACGUAAUGCAUUAAUGGAAGUACAAAUGCCAGUGAUUAAGAACGCUGAAUGCAAAAUAGCUUAUUCCAAAUUUCCUAAUGCACCUGAUAUCACUGAUGGUAUAAUAUGCGCCGAACAUGCUCAGGGUGGAGAGGAUUCUUGUACGGCUGACCGCGGCGGACCACUGCUGAUACAACAUGAAUUAACCUCGUAUUUAAUAGGUAUUGUGUCUUAUGCUUAUAAGUGCGGCACAGCUGGGUAUCCCAGCGUUUACACUAGGGUCACAUCGUACCUUGACUUCAUUCUCCAAGCGAUGCAAUAAUAUGAUAUUACUGUUCCAUAAAUAUCAUUGUGUAAAAAACGUAAAGUUGGAUUUUCUUAUUGUGGAGAUAAGAAACAGCUCAAAUUUACAUUGUUUUGUACGUUACAAAUUAUAGGCUUAAAAUGUACGAAAUGUAACUUUGAAACGACACUAAUUUUUUACGCACGAUAAAC